AUGAGUGACUGAACCUCUCGGUAAUAAAAGCGGAUUUUCAAAAUUGCCGUAACCCCGGGGAACACGCGAACUCUCCGUUGCGGUGUAUGACGUUGUAGACAUCUAGACGCCAUCUUGAUAUUUAGCCGCUCAGCUGCACAGCACGCUGUGCCGAUAUAAAGCUGAAAGAUGGCUGCAAAGGGGAGUUGGUAUCCAUGUUACACGUUCUUACUUUUGUUGUUUGUUCACUGUGUCAUCCUCAACCAAAUGUUCUGGAAAUCCUUUCUCAAAUCGUAUGCGGUCUAUCUGCUUUUCGGUGGUUGGCGUUUCCAACGCGUCCUGCUAUUCACUUGGCGACGAGACUUGAGGGGACUGAAAUGUUAUCUCAUGAUUCUCUACCACACCUACUGGAACUACUAUACGAAAGAAACAUUUGCCCAAUUGUUCGCUCGUACAGUACGACGACGUGGGCGCGACCGCGUUGCCAUCUACUUUGAAGAUCAAGCCUGGACAUUCGGACAGUUAGAUGACUAUUCGAAUAAAGUGGCUAAUCACUUACUCCAAUGCGGAUUCAAACGAGGUGAUAAGUUGUUUCUCCUGAUGCAUUCGUCUGCGGCCUACAUUGGAAUAUGGUUGGGUGCAGCCAAGAUUGGUGUGGCCACAGGACUUUUAAAUCACAACCUCAGAAACGUUUCACUUGCUCACUGUGUGGAUGCACUGGAUGCCAAGGCUAUCGUGGUCGGGAACAAUCUGAAAGAGGCAUUUUUAGAAAUUGACCGCACCGAUCGGUUCCCUAACGAAAUGAUAUGGUAUGUAGAAGAGGCCGCAAAUACCCCUGAGGCAUCCACAGCGAUGACAACAACGUCGACUGCAAGAUGGAAUCAAGCGAUUGCACAAGCAUCCCACAAGCCACCGCCUCCGUUGCCUUGUAACAAGAGUCGGGAACAUCUGAUUUAUGUGUAUACCAGUGGGACAAGUGGAUUGCCAAAGGCCGCCAUUAUCACCACUCCUCGCUACAUCUUCAUGGUUGCAGGCGUGCGGUAUUCCUUCGGGAUCUACAAAUCAGAUAUUUUGUACACUGCGCUUCCAUUGUAUCACACGUUGGCUGGCAUUGUUGGGGCCGGACAAAUGCUUAUCCGUGGAACCCCCCUGGUUAUCCGACCAAAGUUUUCAGCUAGCCAGUUCUGGGAUGACUGCAUCAAGUACAAGUGUACGGUCGUCCAAUACAUUGGUGAAACUUGCCGCUACCUGGUCGCCCAACCACCCAAACCGUCCGACACGAAGCACAAUGUCCGACUGGCUUUCGGAAACGGUUUGCGCCGAGAGACUUGGCUUGAAUUCCAAAAACGAUUCCAGGUCCCGCAGAUUGGUGAACUGUACGGGGCGACUGAGUCCAAUUCAGGUAUCAUCAACUGUGAUCGUAAGCUGGGGGCAAUCGGUUUCAUUCCUCAAACAAUCCGAUUUCUCUACCCCAUUUACCUGAUUAAAAUGGACCCGAUUUCGGAGGAACCAGUUCGAGACGCAGAAACCGGGUUGUGCAUUGAGUGCGAUACAAACGAACCGGGACAGAUGAUCGGUCGCAUCAAUAAUCGAAAUCCAGCGAGAUUCUACGAUGGUUAUGUGAAUCAAGAGGCAUCGCAGAAGAAAGUGUUGCGCAAUGUAUUCCGACCUGGUGAUGCCUGGUUUGCCUCUGGUGACCUUCUCUAUUGCGACGAACUGGGCUACCUGUACUUUAGUGAUCGACUUGGAGACACGUUCCGAUGGCGAGGAGAGAAUGUCUCGACCGCAGAAGUAGAAUCUGUGCUUCACAGAGCCUUCCCCGAACAGGCCAUCAGCGUCUAUGGCGUCCAAGUGCCGGGCAAUGAGGGCAAAGCAGGGAUGGCCGCGAUGGUUGUCAACUUGACGAAUCUAAGUCCAGAAGAUGAGCAAAAAUUGGUCGCCAAGUUGUAUACCGAGGCCGCGGAACACCUGCCUAUCUACGCCCGCCCACUGUUUUUGAGGCUUUGUGAGACAAUCGAAAUGACAAGUACUUUCAAAUUGCGCAAAGUGGACUUGGUGAAGGCCGGAUUCAAUCCGGCUGGUUCGAAAGAUCAUCUGUUUUGGCUCGAUCAAAAAUCCAAGUCUUAUCGCCGGCUGGAUGAAGAGACCUAUGAGAACAUCAGACAAGGCAAAUUACGUCUGUAACUCGUUUGGGCACAUGACUGUGUUAACAUCAAUCCCAUGUUGUCUUGUCGAACCACGUGCGCGUUCAGAAUUUGAUAUUCUCAUUUUGUCUUUUGUCCUUCCCCUUUUUCUACGCUUUCCCAGACUUCGUUUCAGUGCCUUUGUUUCUGGCCUACAACUCACCCCACCGUCUUCAUGUUCUCUUUCUAUCUGCUCUUGAUUCUUCUUGUUUGAGACGGUUUUUUUUGCAAGUUUGUAACUUGCGCUCCACACGCACACACACACACACAACUCUGCAGUCACUAGCCAGUUUUGUAGUCAGACAAGUAGUAUCUCACUGUUUUUGGGUCUUGAUCAUAUAUUUCUGUAGCAUGUCCCCGUCCCCACGAAUCAUUCCAUUCCCGGUCUCUGUGUGUGUGUUCGUGUGUGCGCGCGCACACACGAACACACACACAAAUGCUCUGUACAGGGCAGCCGAUCUUUCGUUUUCCUCUUGAUUCGUGUUUUAGAUAUACUUCGAGGGGUUUCCCAUCCGAUGGCACUCUGUCGGAAACUGUGAAACGUCCCAGUCGAAUCAACCGCGAUCAGUGGAGUGAACUGUCUGAUUUUCAGUUGUUUGUUUUUUUCUAAUUGUAAUUACGAAGAAAAUUUAUUUUGUCACCACAGAAGAUAGAAUAAACGUUUUACAGACGCGUCA